UGUAUAUGAGCCACAUGACAUGUGGCAAAUUGUGUUUGUGUUACUUGUGUCCUGGAGAUGUCCAGCAGCCAAGUGCUCGUCAGGAGUGGAGGAGCUCGCUUUUGCAGCAGGACAAUUCACAGCUUCCCCACAUCAAGGAAGAAGAGGAAAUUGACAUCAGCAAGUUGCCACUACCUGUUGUGAAGAGUGAAGAGGAGGAGGAACAUCCCGCUCACUUCAAAAAAGAGGAGCAUCUCCACAUUGAGGAAGAGGAGCAAAUGGACGUCAGCAAGUUGCCAGUGAUUGUGGUCUCUGUGAAGUGUGACGAUGAUGAAGAUGAAACACCCCAGUGGCCGCAGAUUAACCACGAGAGCCCAAGUGGAGGUACACUGCCGAACAAUCUGUUAGCGCCGCUGUCGGACACCGAUGGCAUCGAAGAACCUUUGAGGGAUGGCGCAGAUUGCGAGGACAAGCAGUUGAAUUGUGGAGAGGAGGAGGCAGCUCCUAAAAAGAAAACUUCUCACACACGUAAAUGUCACACAGCUGAAGAACAUUUCAGCUGCUCAAUUUGCGGGAAAAAAAUUGCUCAAAAUGGACCCAUGAUUAGACACAUGAGAACACACACAGGAGAAAACCCUUUUAGUUGCUUAACUUGUGGUAAGGCGUUUUCUCUCAAGGAAUAUAUGAAAUCACACGUGAAAAAACACACAGGUGAAACCCCCUUUGGUUGCACAUUUUGUGGCAAAACAUUUUCUCAAAAGAAAACAUUGCAAUCGCACAUGAGGACGUACACUGGAGAAAAACCCUUCCGUUGCUCAUUGUGUGGUAAAAAAUUUGCUCUCAAGCUAAACGUAGUCAAACACAUGAGGACACACACGGGGGAAAAAUCCUUUCUUUGCUCAACAUGCGGUAAAACCUUCUCGGAAAGGCAUCGUCUAGUAUCGCACUUGAGAACGCACACGGGAGAAAAACCAUUCGCUUGCUCGACUUGCGGUAAGACCUUCUCACAAAGGCAUCAUAUGGCGUCACACGUGAAAACACACACAGGGGAAAAACCUUUCGUUUGCUCCGUUUGUAGUACGGCGUUUUCUCGAAAAGUCAAUCUCGAGAUACACAUGAGAACGCACACUGGGGAGAAACCUUUUCGUUGUUUAACUUGUGGUAAAACGUUCUCUGUCAAAGCAACCAUGGUCAAACCCAUGAGAACGCACACAGGAGAAAAACCCUUUCAUUGCUCUGAGUGUGGUAAAAGAUUCACUCAAAAGGUAAACAUGGUAAUACACAUGAGAUCUCACACUGGAGUGCAAUAAUUUUGUUGAUCCGCAAAAACAGUGGGAAAAAACGUGUUUUUCUUCAACAGUGUC